AAAAUAGUACGUAAAUGUAUACUUUUUUAUAUGUAUCCUACGUUAUAUUAAAAAAAAAUGGUUGGAUACUACGGUACGAUUGACAAUUUGUCAAGUUUCAUUGCAAGUUAGUGGUUACGGCAUUUUCAUAAAGAAAAGUUUAAACGUUUUAGUUUGAGAAUCAACAAAAUUGAACAGUGCUUCUAAAUUAAUGUGAAUAACUGACAGUUUCACUGACAGCUGCUAAGUUUUUGGGUUUCAGUCGUUUGUAAUGUAAUUUGUCUGUAUCAACUGAAAACGAUUAUGAUGUUCGUACUUGGUGUAUUUUCCGCUAAAACUAAUCUAAUCUAAUCUUAGUGUAAAAUUACUCGCAAUAGCGCCUCAUUACGAUGAAUACUUUUAUAGGAGUGAUGAUUUAGGUGUGGUGACCGAAAUGUCUAAUUCAAAGUGUAGCGAGGAGGAUGAGGCGUUUCCUUUGCACGAGUGCGUGUUCAGGGGGGACGUGCGAAAGCUGUCAUCUUUGUUGCGGCUGGAGGACGUGGCACGCAAGGACAAGCAUGGCAACUCGGCGCUACACCUGGCGGUGAUGCUGGGCCGGCGCGAAUGUGUACAGCUGCUGCUGGCGCACGGCGCACCCGUCAAGCUCAAAAACCUCGCGGGAUGGUCGCCGCUCGCUGAGGCCAUCAGUUAUGGGGACCGCCAGACCAUAUCCUCUCUCGUACGCAAGCUCAAGCAGCAGGCUCGCGAACAAAUGGAACGCAGGAGACCUGACCUCAUUAGGGCUCUAGCCCAAAUACAAGAUUUCUACAUGGAACUAAAGUGGGACUUUCACUCAUGGGUCCCUCUAGUCUCUAGAAUUCUACCAUCUGAUGUUUGUAAAAUUUAUAAAUCUGGUUCAGGAAUUAGAUUAGACACAACAUUAGUCGAUUUUACUGAUAUGAAAUGGGAGAGAGGAGAUAUAUCAUUUAUAUUUCAAGGAGAAAAGCAACCUAGUGAAUCACUUACUGUACUGGACAACAAAGCCAAGGUGUACCAGAGAGUGCGCUAUGAAGAGACAGAGAAUGAAAUAGAAGAUGAAGUAGAUAUUCUGAUGUCGAGCGAUAUUUUGGCAGCUCAAAUGUCUACUAAAGGUAUAGCAUUUUUGAGAGCACAGUCUGGCUGGAUAUUCCGUGAAGACCGAAAGGAGACUGUGGCCGGUCUUUACAGAAGUGACAUUUAUACUAUUUCUGGCCUUGUUCUGGAAUCACGUAAAAGACGCGAACACUUAUCCACAGAUGAUUUGCAAAAGAAUAAAGCUAUAAUUGAGAGUCUAACAAAAGGUAAUACACAGAAUUUAGAUACAAAUGGAGAACCAACAAGGCGAGCAUCAUUAAACCCACCACCAGAGAGUGGAGUAGACUGGGAAACCUACAUUGCUGCCCCUCCAGGCCAGUACCCUAGUCUAGGCAGAGAGCUAGUUUAUAAAGAGUCAUCCAGAAACUUUCGAGCUACUAUUGCUAUGAGUGAUGACUUUCCACUAAGUGUUGAUAUGCUACUGAAUGUAUUAGAAGUAAUUGCACCAUUUAAACAUUUUGCUAAGUUGCGUCAGUUUGUUGCAAUGAAGUUGCCCAAUGGAUUCCCAGUUAAAAUUGAUAUACCAAUUUUACCAACAGUUACUGCAAAAAUAACUUUCCAAAAAUUUGAGUUUCAAAAUGACAUACCAAACGAUAUGUUCAUUAUACCAGAUGAUUACAUAGAAGACCCCAUGAGGUUUCCUGAUUUAUGACGCUUUGAUAUUUUAACAUUGUUUGAAGUUAGCGAAAAGCCUGUUUGGCGGCGAGAGGCAAAACAUGGGCAUGUCUUAAGAAUGGUAAGAAGCUCAUGCUGCAAGGCAUCAGCGCAAGGGCUCAUCACUAUAGAAUUCCCAAUGUUGUUCAGCCUAGGCAGCUCUUAUUCUAGCCACUGUGUUCUCUUUGUGGAGUAACUGUUUUUAAAAUACUUGGAGUCCGAGGUAAACCUUAAAAUAUUCACUGUCCUCAUACAAAAUGUUGCAAGUCACCUACAUUAAUGUGUAGUUGUCCAGUUGUCCACUAUGUGUAAUCCCAUAUCAUUAUAAAAGCUGUUACUUACGUCAUAUUAUGUUUAUUUUAUUUGGUAUCAUACAUACAGUGAAGUAAAUAAAAAUAUGGGAGCACUUAGUUACUUAAAUAUAUGUAAUUAAGUAGCUAUGUUAAAUAGAAGGAAAGAUUAAUAAAACCAUUAUAGUAUUUCUUGAUACCAAGGUGCCAUUAAAAGAUUUGUUAGUAAUCUGUAUUUUAGGUGUCAGUAUUUUAAGGUGAAGGAGACCAAGGCUGAUUUGUUGUAUUUUAAUUAAAACUUAUUGUAAUUGUGUUACCAGCCAUUUAACCAAUGUGUUGCUGUAGUUCAGAACUUAAAUUAGUGAUAUUACUAAUUGGUGACAUGAUUUGCUCAGUAAAAAUCUAAUCAUGUGCCAAUAUACCUACCAUCAAUUGGCGACCCCACCUUAAAGUGCAGUCACUGAAGAUUGUGCAGACAAUGAAUUAUAAUUUACCUUAAUGUUUUAUAGAAAUUACAAUACUAAUGAUUUGUGUUGAUAAUGUGGCGGCUGACAAUCUGCCAGCUGUGACUUGGUACUAAGUUGGAAUCCUAAUAAAAGCGAGCGGUUCUUUAUGCUAUAAACGUAGAAAAACACAACGGGAUGUAGGAAAAAUUAAAAUGCGCUUACUGCUGCGUUAUCUGAUGUAAAAUGAGUGUGCGGCAAACGCAUUGCGUUUAUCUAAACAACCGCGCGCUUAUCUCACAUGAAACUACCCAACCAUAUUGUUACUACUUCUACUGUACAUUUGUAUUGUGCGCAACUGGACUUCAAAUGUGUUAUUUACAUGUAAUUUUUGUUUAAAAAUUUGAGUUAAUUUAAAAACAUUGUGGAUGAAUGUUACAAUUAUUAGGGGGAAUGACGUAACAGAUAGAUAAUAAAGAAACAGCCUUAUUCCAAAACCUCAUUGUUAGUCUUAAUUAGACUGAACUUUACGUUUAAGGGGAUUAUAUAUAUCUACCAACUUAUUGUAUUUGUAGAUUCAAAUUUAGAAAAAUAUAGAAUAUGAUAACAUUUAGUGUAAAGAUAAUAAUUGGUCACUACAGGUAGGUUCACAAGUACUUUUGAGUUUUUAUGAUGUUAUUGUUUUUGUUGCUCUUUUAUAAUUAUUUAAAAGAAACUUGGGUUUCUUAUAAAUUUUCUAUACAUUUGUACCUUUAUAGAGCUUAAUACGUAUGUAACUUACUUUGUAUGUAAUAGAUAAACACCUGCGACUUACUGAUUACUUUCGUUAUGUAGGUACUGCUGAAUACUUAAUAUUUGUUAUUGCUUGCCAAGAGUUAGAAAACUAAGAUGUAGGCAUUGAAUGAGUUAUGAAAUGUAACUGUGGUUCCUUUGUUAUUUAUUACCUCAAAUAGUCAAGGCCUACGCCCAAUUUGUACCGUUCGUAUUGAAUACCAUUUACUUCAUACAGCAUCGUCGAAAUCACGUUUAGUCACAUUGUUAAUUAUAUAACAAGGUUUUAAAACUGAGCUGUGUACACUUAUUUCACCUCAGCAGCUCUACCAAGCAUACAACCACUCUCAUCUCAUGGUGAUGCAAAUUAACUAAGUCCCAGUGUAAUGUAUACCUAAAUGUUAUUUAUAUUAUAUUGCUAGAAUUUG